UCCAGAAAACACAUUAAUUACCACAUCAUCUUCAAAUCAAUUCCCCAUCUGUACCACACCCUUCAUUAACUCACCAUAUAUUCCUAACCACCUUCACCACCACCACCCUCCUUCCCAAAAUGGACACCCUACCACCUCCACCUCCACCACCACCAUUCUCCGUCAUAACCACCCCCACCCCCACCUCAUACACCCCCAUUCCUCAACUUUACUACAACGACACAGUAUCACACCACCACCACUCAUCACCUCCAACACCUUCAAUAAUAAUCGUAAUGAUUAUUAUAUCUUCCGCCAUUAUUAUCUCCGCCACUAUUUACCUCCUCAUCCGCUUCCUCACACGCCGCUGCAACCGUUCAUUCAGUACAUUUUCACCAGCCGACGACGUCGUUUCCAAUAACAGAAACGAUAGUAACGAAAGUAACGAAACCGAACACGUGCGUCAUCAUGUGAUCUCCAUAACUAACAAUGCACUCGACUCCUUACCGCUUUUCACCUUCUCUUCACUCACCGGAAAAAUCGCCGGAGGCGACUGUGCCGUUUGUUUAUCGAAGUUUGAAAGUUCAGAUCAGCUCCGGCUUCUUCCGUUAUGUUGUCACGCGUUUCACGCGCAGUGUAUUGACGCGUGGCUUAAGUCUAACAUGACGUGUCCGCUCUGCCGGUCUACUGUAAACCCUAACGAAGAAGAUAUUAUGAAUACGUUGACUUCCGGCAACGGCGGUAGUCGUAGAGCUGGUGGAAACAGGAGUAACAGUUUCCGAAUCGAGAUCGGGACUAUUAGUCAACGGCGAGAUCCGGCGAAUUCUGACCGGAGGUCAUACUCCGUCGGUUCGUAUGAUUACGUGCUGGACGACGGUUACGAGAUUCCGGUGGAGUCGACGCACCGGAGUGUUGUUUCCGAUUGUACUUCCGGCGAUAAGGAUUCAACGGCGGAAGCGCCGGGAGAGAGUUUGGCCGCGGAGGUUGCUGCCGGUGGUAGUGGACGGUUUAAUUGGUUGCGUGAUUACGUGGAUCGUGUUUCGGUUUCGUUACGUGGUUCUGGAAGGUUCUUUACCGGAAGUAGUCGCCGGAGUGAGGCGGUUAGCGAUUUUGACGGAGGUCAUGGGAGAAUCGGUGAAGAGAUCAGUGAACUUUUCCGGUGGCUUUCAGGGGUAUAAUCGUAAAUUUGUUAUAAUUUUUUUAGGUUUUUAUGGAAAGUGGGAAAAUGGGAACUCCAUCUUUUGCUAUUACCACACUGAAAGUGUUUUGACUUUUGAGGAGAGUUGUGGUAUUAGCAAAAUAGUGGGAUUUUGGUUUUUAUUAUAAAAAAUAGUUAAUAGCAUUUAAAAUUAGCAGUGAAGUAUUUAUUUCACGCAUUUAAUUAUAUCUGUAUAAAAGACAAUUUUAUUGUAUUAGGUAGAAGUUGAUAUAUUACAUGCUUGUUUUUUUUU